AUGUCCUCUAAUAUAGCACCAGAGGCAACGGGUUGCCCAACGCCAGAAGACAAUAAGGAUCAGACUGUGGUUUCAUCCACUUCGUACCCCCCAAAUCCAGAUAAUACGACCUUGUCUCGGGAAAUUCGCAAAUAUCCCAAGAUAUCUGCAUAUUCGCUUGGCUUAGCUCUUGCCUUCCUCCUAACUGGCUACGAUACUGUGAUCCUUGGAACGAUUACCGCCGUCCCCUAUUUCAAACGACAAUUUGGCGAACUAUACGAUGGCUCUUAUAUUAUUCCCUCGGCAUGGCUAUCUGUUUGGAGUGCAAUCAGUCCGAUCGGAUCAAUGGUGGGUGCUCCUGUUGCUGGAUGGUUACAAGAUCGCAUUGGUCGCCGAUGGUCACUCGCUCUCAGCUGCGUGAUUUGCUCAGUCGGUAUCGCCAUCGCAUUCUGUUCAAAUCUUCCAAGUGAGAUGGGCUCACGACGUGGAACCUUCCUAGUAGGAAGAGCCAUCCAGGGGGUGGGAGUUGGUGGUGCGAUGACUGGUGCCCAGACAUAUCUGUCUGAAACUGUGCCUACCACCUUAAGAGGAUCUGCUAUGGCUCUCUCCCCUACCUUUAUGCUUCUAGGAGAGCUUAUUGGUGCUGCAGUGAUCUUCGCCUGUGAGCACAAAAACUCAUCGGCUGCGUAUCUUAUCCCAUUCGGCACUCAGUGGAUCACUACCCUCUUACCUUUUGUUCUGGCUAUUGUCUUGCCGGAAAGCCCGGCGUACUUGCUUCGCCGGGAGAAGUAUGAGGAAGCCCACGCGGCGAUGAAGUCUCUUCAUAUUGCUAGUGUUGAAACUGCACCCAUCUUGGAACAAAUGCGAUUAUCAAUCAUUCACGAGGAGCAGCUUUCGGCAGAGCUAUCAUAUGUUGACUGCUUCAAAAGUAUCAAUCGUCGUCGAACAAUCAUUGUCGCUUUCUCUUUCAUGGUCCCUAGUUUGUUUGGGGUUCCACUAUUGGCAAGUGCCAGCUACUUUAUGCAGGUUGUUGGCAUGUCAUCGGGCCUGAGUAUUAUUGUGCUGAUUGUCGGGAUCGUUCUGGGCCUCCUAGCCAACGGUGUCGGUAUCUGGUUAAUGAGUAUAUUUGGGCGCAGACGCUUGAUGUUGGGGACAUUGGCGGUUGCUACGGUCAUUUGGCUGAGCAUGGGAAUCGCAGGUUGUUGGUCUGGGAAUAUUGUGAUCUGGUAUACUGCUGCUUGUAUGAUGGCCGUUGUCAUUGUUUGUGGAAUGGGUGCUUGGCCUGCAUCAUACGCAGUAUCUGGAGAGGCCUCUUCCCUUCGCCUUCGCGCAAAGACACAGGGGCUUGGAGUCCUUGCCUACAUGCUGUCAAACGUCGUUUUCAACCUCGUUCUACCGUAUAUUUAUAACACAGAUGAAGGAGAUCUGAAAGGAAAGACGGGCUUUGUAUAUGCCGGUCUGUGCUUUAUUGCUUGUGCUGUCACAUGGCUCAUUGUACCAGAAAUGAAAGGCCGGACAACAUUGGAGAUUGAUACAAUGUUCGAAGCAAGUCUAUCGACAAGAGCAUUUGCACACUGGUCUGAAGAAGUCGAAUCUAUUAAAGGAUAG